CUUCAGUUAGCAUGCAGCAUACAAUAGUCAAACAAAUUCGGGGACAGUGCAGGUAGUCAGCCCGUGUGUAAAACACCAACGAUGAAGUUUAAAUCGUCGAGUAAAUUGUGUAUUUUUUGCUGUCCUUUCUCCUUGGAAUGACCAACUAGUAUUCUAGAAUGGAAAGGGGCCAAAACUGGCUGAAUUUCAGAGUAAUCAUGUCGUUCAUUUGUAUAGCGACAUGCAACACUGCAAACCAGGUACUUAUGGAACAUGAUGCAUCUGGAUUUGUAAUGGUGUCUUCCCAAUCUCUGGUUGCGACACUCGACCAUAGUUCGGAUAAUUCGGAUUCUACAGACUCUCAACACAUCCCUGACUCUAAUAUGAAACCGUCUCCUAUUGGACCAGUUCUAUCCAACUCGCAAGAGGCGACCGUACAUAAACUGUCUUUCACAAGAUCUUCCUCUCAAAACAGUGAGCACAACUUAAAGACUUCCAUUGAAGGAAAUUUCCUUAAAAACUAUUGGAUUAAAACCCGUCAGCUGAUUGAAACAAUCAAAUCCAAAGUGCCUAUUAUUCGUUUUUUAUUAGACAGUCGGAGCGAAGAUGAUAAUUUUAGGAAUAAUUUUCAAUCGCGGAAACUUCGGAUAGGACAGAGCAGACUAAGACUUAGGAGAGAAAUCCCUCCUGCAGAAAAUCCCAUUGGUAUUCCUGUUACCAAAUCAGGACGAACUACAACUGAGUCGCAUACAGAAAAGUCAACUACAUCAGAACGGGCUGCUACAAGUACUAGUUCUAAUGACUUAAAAGUCACUGGUAAAACCGAUAAAGUGUUAAAUCGCGAAGUUCCAAAGUUAGUUGAUACAAAAUUGAAAUCAACUGUUCCCGUAUCCGGUCAAAACCCUGAGGUACCUGAAAAAAUAUUGGAGCUAGAGGAUCCAAAUAACAUGACAACACUUAUGAAUAGCUCCGUCCAAGUUACAACAGUGUCACCGGUGAAACAGGGUACCAGUCAGUCUGGUACCAAGGCUUUAACCACAACGAGUGUUCAAGUCACAUCAGAAGUAACCGAAGACCAAGAGGUUGUACCACAGACUUCCAUAUCGCCAAAGCAAACCUCAUCAAAGCAAGAGCCAAACCCACCAACCACCCAACCUCCUCAAACGAAACCCCCUCCUAUAGUAACAACAACUUCCACUGUUCCAAAGUCUUCCAAAACGACAGUUCCCAUGACAACAAACAACACUCUGCUGCUGAUCGCAAACGACACAUCCAUAGGUUCACAAGUUGAAGAUAUUCAGGAACGAAUGUCGGACAAUGAACUUGAUUCAGCCCUCUUGCAGACAACUGAUGCAUACUGGGCACUGGGAAGCCUUACAACAGUCUUGCUGUUGCUCACUGCUGCAGUGUUGUUUACUGGUCUCUGGAAAAAACGCAAUCACAUGUCUAAUCCUAUCUCUGACGUGACCUGCCACCCUAGUCCAGAACGGAAAAGGAAGACCGAUCUUAAAGAUUUUCUAAAGAAGAAGUUGCGGCACAUCAAGACUUUAAACUUAAAGGACUCGCCUCUGACAGGAAGCAUGGAAAUGAAGAAGUACUACAACGGCAGAUGCCAUGGGAGGAGUAAUGGUGCAUACUCCCAUAGAUACGACACUGUUCCACUGUUAGUGGGGCCAGAUGAUGAGGAAGAAGAUGAGUUUAUUGAAUGGGAACAAUGUGAGAAGGAUCACUCGGUGUGACUCCAGGCGUGAUACUGCACGGAGGCAUUGCCUCCAUAUGCCCCCUGGACGUUGCCGCGGUGCCCUUCAAACCCAGCAUUAGAUACGACACUGUUCCACUGUUAGUGGGACCAGAUAGAUGAUGAGGAAGAUGAGUUUAUUUAAUGGGAUGGGAACAAUGUUUUAAACCAUCAACCUCUCCCCAUUACUUGUCACCAAGAAAGGUUUUAUGCCAAAAAUUUGUUUGAGUAAUUACCAAUAGUGUCCACUGCCUUUAAGGAAGAAUGCUGAGUUGUAACACAAAGUGUAUGCUGGUCUUUGAUACAUGAUACCAAUGGGUUGUCCUGUGCUUUAAAAUCUCUUUCAAACAGAACCCGAGAUGCUUUAAUUUUUUAGUCAAUAUUCUUGUUGCACAUUCCUUCCAUAGGGCUAAAUGCAAAACAAACAAAAUUGUUUGCUUUUUGGAUGAGUGAUCAGUUCAAGGAUAUUGACAAUAACAACAUCUCAACAUUUGCAUUUGUACUUAUUAAUACAUUAGAUUACACACGUGUACAUUGUGUGUUUGCUAAUGUUAAAGGUAUUAUACAGAACCAGUAAGGAUAGUCUGAACGCUUUACUAAAAAAGUUCACACUAGAACCAUUUGAGCUGUUUCUGAUGGCCAGGCAGGGUUCGAAUUACCAAUCGCUGGCCAGGGCCUGACUUCAUAGAGUUGCUUUAGUAGAAAAUAUUGCUAAAAAUUGUUCUGCUUAGCAGGAACGAGCAAGAACCAGUCUCAAAUUAUACUUGUGACAUAGUGGUUUGGCUGGUAACCUUAUCCUGUUAAGGGUAAUUUUACUAACCUGCUUAGCUUCUUUUAAAAGCAGCUCUGAAAUUGGGCCCAGAGUGGAGUAAUGUUGGCAUUCGUUCAGUAACGGGCAAUGACGGUAUAAACAUUUUUUUUUUUGAAGCGAUUUUUCAAUACACACAAUUCUCAAUCAAUUUCAAUCUGCGUAAACAAUCAUGCUACAUGUACCAUGUACAUGUCACUUUAACCAUGGAGGUAGAAAUAGAUCUACCUCCAUGCUGUAAUCAUAGGGCAAGGACAGACUUCAACUUCCUAAAAUUAUGAAGUUGUUGUGUAAAGAUAAUAAUAAUAAUACUCGGGAUGAUUGGUGUGUAUUGCCAGUGGCAAAAUUAUUCUAAGUAGAUUAUAUAUCAUCAGCUUAGUGUUUGAUAAUGCAGUCUUUCAUUUUUAAAGAGGGGCGGCGAGGUCAAAUUCUGUGAUGCAAUCAUUUUGGGGGAUUAAAUAUCGGGGAAAUAUAGGAAUAGGGCCUAGUCUACACUGUAAAAAUUGUACAGAUCAAUCAAUAUGAAAUGUGACGCCAUUAGAUGGUUUUGAUGUUAAAAGAAAUUGUACUGGAAAGGUAUCAAUUCGGCAUUUGACACCACAUUAACAUAAAGUAAGGUUUGGGCAGUGGUUAUCUUUCCUUACCUUCUACCUCUAUGUGGAUUGGGUUUUCAGUCCCAACCAGACUGCCUGGGUUUUUCCUGGAAUAAUUCUCUGGGGUUUUCCUCCCUCGUUAAAACUGAAACCUCCUUUCUUGUCUUCUUUCCACUGUUCUUAAGUUCGCUUUUCUGAGUGUCCUUGGCUUCACAACCAGAAUAAUUUAAUUGAAUUAAGGUUAGAGAUUGAUAAAAUGGUUUCAUAAGGAAUGUAUAUGUAUGUCAAUUGGAAAUGAACUUGAACUUGACUUUAGAGCCCCUUCUUUAAAGACACUGGACACUAUUGGUAAUUGUCUACGACCAGUCUUCUAACUUGGUCUCAACAUAAGCAU